AUGGUUCUCGCAAAAAAAAGAACAAGACCGUGCCAGGAAAGAGGAUGCAAAAGGAGUAAAAAGCAAGAAAGUGAUAAGAACACAAGGAAUUCUGACACAAAGAAUUCUGAGAAAUUGUCACCGGAAGAUGCAAUGCAGCAAAAAAUUGCCAUCAACAUCAUCAGUGCUGUAGCAGAAGAGUGUGAGCUUUCUGCCAAGGAAUAUCAAGAAAAAUUUGACGAAGUUACUCAGCAAUGGGAACCUAAGUUUGCAACAAUUGCCCUCUUUAUCAGCUGGGCCAAACAUAAUUGUCGCCACUUCAACAACAAUACUAUAUCUCUUGUUCAAACUAUCGCAGAUCAAUGUGGAAUUAUUACACUCGAUCUCAUGGAAGAAGUGAAAUCAUAUCGUAUGGUUCGGGCUGAAGGCGGCAAUAGCUACCAAAUGCAAUUUGCCAAAACAAAAGGUCAAGACGAAAGUGAGGUUCGGGCAGUAGUGUUGGGAUAUGACGAAAUAUGA